ACUUACAGCGAUCGUGUCUGAAAAUCGACUAUUACAUCAUCUCACACUCCGGAACUCCCACACAUGGCCGCCAGGAUGCAGCAAGGCGGAAGGCCAGGCGGCGCCCGCUUUGCGCAGUUCAAGCUCGUGUUACUGGGUAUAAUGCUUUGUUCGCGCCGGAGAAUGACUCUGUAGCUGAUGAUAUGCAGGUGAAUCGGCUGUCGGAAAGAGCUCACUGGUGCUUCGAUUUGUAAAGGUGCGACAGCGGACAGGGCGUCGAUGUCGGCGAUCAUUCAGAGCUGCCAGCUGAUAGCCUUGGUACAGGAUCAAUUCGACGACUACAGAGAAUCCACGAUCGGUGCCGCCUUCUUGACACAGACUAUCGCACUGGACGAACAGACGACCGUCAAGUUCGAGAUUUGGGAUACCGCGGGACAGGAAAGAUACAAGUCGCUGGCGCCUAUGUAUUACCGAAAUGCAAAUUGCGCGGUUGUGGUUUACGAUAUUACACAAGCUAGCUCGUUAGACAAAGCUAAAGCCUGGGUGAAAGAACUACAACGCCAGGCCAACGAGAACAUCAUCAUCGCACUCGCCGGUAACAAGGCCGAUUUGGUCGCGGAACAUCCUGAUCAGCGCGCAGUGCAGACCGCCGACGCGGAGGCUUAUGCACGAGAGGCAAAUCUCCUCUUCUUCGAGACCAGCGCCAAGACUUCAGAGAACGUGAAGGAACUAUUCACAGCGAUCGCCAAAAAGCUUCCCAUAGAACAAGCAAGCCAGCGUGGCGGCAUGAGAGGCGCAGCAGGACGACCGGGAGGUGUUGAUCUCGGCUCGCGACAGGAAUCCGGCAACACAGCAGGUGCUUCGGGCGGAUGUAAUUGCUAGAUAUCAGGGAGCGGAGCUAUGGACAGAAUUCAUUCAAAGGGCAUGAGAAAUAGAACUACUGCCGGAUAUUCAUGCGGUCGACUGCGGUAGGUCGUGUGCGUAUAGGCGGCACUGUCGGGACUCUGAGGUUACUUGAUCAGGUACCUAGGUAUGGAGUUAUGGCGCAUGCGUCCUGUAUAUGGUGGUCAAGAAUCUUAAUUUAUAUUUCGCGA